UCUUCUGUAUUAUUCCUCCUUCCCACGGUUCCAUCAUCUUACUGUCAGCACCCUACAAUUACACAACCUGAACCCUCCUCCACUCUUCAAACAAACACAGGCACAAAUAAUCUAGCUUCCAACCAGAGAAGAGCUUGGUGGAAAGAAGAAGAUGCUAAUAUGCCUAACAAGGUUUACAACAGAAGCUCAGGAAGAAGAAAAUGACUGAAACAGGACAUCAGGUGUUUAUGGUCAUGGUGCAACUUAUUCUGCUCUCAGCAGCUCAUCAGCAGAGAAGUCAUCACAGGUUAGGGGAGGACAGACUGAAUACUUUGGGUCAAAUAAAGUCAGAUCUCUCAGUGUGCAGGAAGUCCUGUGUGAAUGGAAAAUGCAUGAGACCAGACAAGUGUUCAUGCGUCACAGGGUAUAAAGGAUCGCAUUGUAAUGAAGAUGUGAAUGAGUGUGGCUUUUCGGAGAGACCAUGUUCCCAACGCUGCAUGAACACACCUGGUAGCUAUCGCUGUUACUGUGCACCCAGAUACACGCUCAGUGUGGACAGACACACCUGCAUCAGAGAGACCACGUGUUUCUCUCUGCGCUGCCAGUUUGGUUGCCAGUUGGAACGAGCUGGAGUGGUUCGUUGCCUGUGUCCCCCUGGUCUCCACCUGGCUGCUGAUAAUCGCACUUGUGAAGAUGUUGAUGAGUGUCGGGACACUGAUGUGUGUGUAUCACGGAGGAAGUGCAGGAACACUUUCGGGAGCUUUGUUUGUGUUUGCAGAGACGGCUUUGUGAUGGGGACCCUGCAGGGCUCUGUGGAAUGUCGAGACAAAGACGAGUGUCUAAUUGGAAGUCAUCAGUGCAGCCGCCAUUCUCAGUGCAUCAACACGGAAGGCUCCUACACCUGCCGAUGUCUGGAUGAAUACUUUGGAAAUGGGCGUACGUGUCAGCCCAGGAGAGCCCCUCAGUCCAAGGCCGCGAUGUACUUCAACUAUAAACUCUCCAAAAGGACCAAGUCCCGAUGCCCUUCAAACACUACGGCUCAGAAAAAGGAACUGAAAACCUUCAAUUAAAGAGAUGUCCAAAAGACAAUCAACAGUGCAAUUGCAUUGUAAUUAACUUUAUCUUCAACUGGCCUUGUCCUCGCCAUUUUCUUUGUUGGAGGUUGUUGUUUUUCCUUCUUGAACCCUCCCGCAGGUAGGGCUCUUGGUACCAGUUGACAACCACAAUGUUCUUUUUUAUUUUCUUGGAUGUUAAGCUCAAACAAACCGCUGGAUGUUUUGCAAACUGUAGCGUCACCAACGUCACAGAAAAUACUCUAUUUGCAGUAAGUUAGGAAAUAUUCAACUUAAAGUUUGUUUGGGGGUUGAAAAAAGUCUGUUUUAUGCAUCUCACACCUGAGAAUUAGUUAAUAGAAGACUGACCUCUGGUGGAUGGAUCAGGCAAGAUGCAGCUGAUUAUAAUCACAGUAUUUUUAAUAAUUUCCAAUAAAAAAUAAUAGAACAGCUGAAAAAUGUGCUAUCCUCAACGGGCAUUUGAAACAAACAUUAAAGAACAGAAUGAUGA